AUGUGCGCUAGGCACAUCAUCCACCGGUUUCUUGGCAAAUUUCUAGAGCGUCAACUAUCUCUAGAUCAGCUCUCUUUGAAUCUCACCCAAGGGAACGUUGAAGUUGAAGAAAUCACUCUGAAUGUACAGGUAAAUUCAAAGUAACCUUUAUUUUAGUGAGUUAUCAUUUGUUUAGGUCUUGAACGAUGUGUUGACGACGUUCAACAUCCCAUUUGUUUUGCUCGACGGGUAUAUUGGUAAAAUUACAGUUGGUGAGUUUGUGAGGAAUCUUGUCACAAGUUGAGAAAUGAAUUUUCCAGAAGUCCCUUGGCUUUCACUCAUGUCAAACCCCACCAGAGUUCGGGUCGAAGAUUUGCAGCUAACUUUCCAAUCUCGGGAAAAAAUUAAGCUGGAUGAUAAGGAUCUCGGUGAGGUUUUCGAUUGAAUAUUUAUUUGAUUCAAAUUUUGAAUUUUCGUUCCAAUUGUUCUGAAUUCUAUCACGGCAGUGCGUCUUAUCAAAGAUCAAGUACAAAACAUGUGAUCAGAUCCGUUUUGCGCUUUCGAACACAAGAAAAAAUUUUAAUUCAUUUUCAGUCGCUUCAAUGAUCGGAAGCGUUGUCGGUUCUUUGGUUUCCUCGCGAGAAUUGGCAAGAAGUAUAUACGAAGAAUCUUUGCAAGAAGGAACGGAGGCCGUGGUCGAUGACGGUAUUGCAGCUUUCACCAAGGUUUUUAUUUUAGAGUAACUUAGAAAAAACGCUGACUCAUUCAGAUCAUCGACGCGAUUUACUCUCGCUUUUGCGUUGACUUUGGCAACACGACAGUUCGCGUCGAAAGCCUUCCUGAUGAGAACUCUGGAAUGUGCACAGCUCUCGAAUUCCGCAUUGAGAAGUUUGUUCUGGAGAAUUUUUUUUUUGAUUCGUUUUUUUAGAAUCCAAUUCAUGGAUGAGCAGAUGAGAGCAUGUGAGCAAGAACAUCAGUCAUCGGAUUCCAUUACAAGUCAGCCGCACGGGAUUGGCAAUAUUACCAAUUUGAAUAAGUUUCUUGUUAUCAACGGUAUGUUUUGUUUUUUUUUAGGUUUAAAAAGGACUUUUCAAAAAAGUUGACUUUUUUCCGUUCUGAAAUUAUGAAUUAAAAACCCUUUUAAUAGAACUUUCAAUUUUUUUAUGGUUACUGAGGUUUCCCAGGACUUAUUGGAAAUGAUUUCCAGGUGUUACCAUGUAUACGGAUGUUUUUUCGCCGCUAUCAGAUGACCUCAUGGUUAACGGGGCUAACGUGUUAAUUACGAGUAUGCAUAUAAGAAGAGAAAAAAUAAAGCAGGUAGAUUUGAAAAAAAAAUUUCAUGGAUAAAAGGGAAAUUUCAGAUGUCUCCCACCAGGUCUCCCCAAAGUUCUCUGCACGCCGACCUUUACACUUCCGUGGCUAGUAACGCAACCGCUUUCCAUUCAUGUUAUGCGAGUUGUAAGAUUUUGUCAUCUUUUCGGCUCUGACUUGGGUUAUCAGUUUCAGUGACCGCCGAUUCAUCUCCUUUCCAACAUGAUCCCAAAGAAGUCGCGGAACCAGAGUGAGCUUCAGUCCGGCUUUUCAAAUAAAAAUAGGAACUUUUACAGGCUCUUCAGUAGCCCGAUCAAGUUUGCGGAAGUUAUUGGUGAGACGACAAUUGUCACCCGGAUCAAAAAUGACAUCGAAAAAAGCAAGACUCAAGCGGGAGUUGAAGAAAAUAAAGUGAGAUUUGAAAAUUGUCUCGAACCUAUUGUUCGAUGCUCCAGGUCGAAGUUGAAAUGUUCUUCAAAGGCUUGUACGUUUUCCUCACGCCGUCUCAGCUUUUCAUCAUCAAACAGUAAUAUUUAUUUUCCCUUUAUUCAACUUCACCAUGAACAACAGAUUCGUCGAACUAGCAGCACUGCCCGAUACUCCAUCUACAUCGGAACACGGCAAACCCAUGCAAAAAGAAGAUUAUGAAGUCAUGAUUCGAAACAUUGAAAAAGUUUCAUUUCAAAACGGUCAGGCUGGAGCAGGUCUUUCUGGAGGUUGGGACUUGGGAGAAAUUUGGAUAAAUUAUUUUGCGUCUCAGUUUUAGGAAACUGGCGGAAGGUGGAAGAUUUCGAUUCGAUCGAUCUGCAUGAAUUCGGUCCCUGCACAAGCGAGGAAAACGGAAACGGUUACCCUAACAACAGUUAGUUUUUUUCUACAUAAAAAAACAAAAAUUGUCUUCAGAAAGCCCGCCUCCGAGUACAAACGAAAAUAUCAACUUGAAAGCGAAAUUUGGAACCGUUCUGAUAUACAUCCCUCACUAUGACUUUCUGUCCUGCGACAACAUCUCGAAUCAUCGGAAUCAUCACAUCGCUAUUUCAGAGCUCUCUGAUGAAGCGGAGAAGUUUUAUUUACUUUCCUUUGGAGACUACAUAGAAUUCAACAGAUUCUUCGCUCUAUCUGAAAAUCUGAAGUUUUCGUCAAAGAUUCCGUUAGACUGCAUUCGAGAGGAUGCGGAUAAGCUCUACACAAAAGAUCAUUUGAGGUACCUUUUAGUGAAUACUUUAAUUUACUCAUUUUUUAUUUAGAAUUGUCGCAUCUUCUGUGACUUUUGCUUAUUCUAUGAAGCGGGUAUCUGGAUCGGAAAAUAUGCUGGCGAAAAUGGUUCUGACGAAUUGUGACAUUUUGGAAUAUCUCACAACAGCCAGCGUGCCGGUUAUUCAACUUGGAAUGUUUUCAUCAGAAAGAUUUUUAGACAUCUUCUGAACCGUCCCAUAUCCCGUUGUUAAACUUCUCGAACAUGGAAAACCCAGACAACGACCCUCAUUUGAAACUUAUUGCUUCUACUUCAACCGAGGCUAAAGGAAAGGUUUUUUUUCUGGUUUUCCGGCUCAACCAAAUAAAAAAUGAUUCUAGCUGAAAAUUGACGCUUUCAUCAGCCCUUGUGAGACAGAGUUAGACCUUUCAAUCGUCGAUCGAAUUGCCGAUUUAAUUGUCACACGGCCAUUUUUCGAACGGAGCAAAUAUCCUGACAUGUACAGGUCAGUUAAUUCAUUUAUUAUCCUUUUUCGUAAGAAAAAAAAAAUUACAGAAAAGAGCCUCCGCCACUAAGAGAAGACCUAUUCGCUAGCCCUGAACCUACCGAUGACAGUCCUCCAGCUUCUUCCAACAUUGAAAUCGUCUGCCCCAACUGGAAAAUCAAUCUAGCGUAUGUCACAUAAAUUGAGCGUUUUGAAACUCAAUUCUUCAGAAUUCCCAAGGCCGAUCUGCGAGAUCCCACAGGAACCAGAAUUCCGUACUACCAACGGCAUGUUCAUCCAGAAUCUAUCAAGUUUCAUCUGCAAGAAGUGAAGGCGAAAAUUCCCAGAAAUUACGACGAAUCCUUCUCUUUGGAUAUUUCUUGCCAUGAGCUGAAAGGUUGAUUAAAAAGAAAACUUUUUUGUUUAAAUGAAAAUCUUCCAGGUGAUUUCAUCAGUCCCGAAAUCAAAGAAGCCCAAGAAUCUCACUUACUUUAUGCCAGUAACGCACAGUUAAACAGAGUCGGGUCAGUAUGACUUUUCAAGAGAAAUGAAAAAAAAGGUGUUUUCAGUAUCACAGUGGAAUACGAUCCGAGGAACAAGUGUCUGAAGGCAGAAACAACGACGAGAAUAAAUUCACCUGACGAUGAAAUGCGAAAGUCGUUCUCUUCCCCGAUAAUGGUCACCCAGAAGAAGUGCGAAGGACCAUUCUCUCAGAUUCCGAGAGCUUUUUGCGGCGAUGAUCAUGAAAAGGUUGGUUUUUCUACCCUACCGAAAAAAUCAGAGAAAAAAUUUAACUGCGACCUUCCUCUUAAAAAUCUCGCUCUACUUUUCAUAUGAUUUUUAUGUUUUAGAUUGUCCAAGCCGGCACUCGAGGCGAGAUGCUUGAUUUCCAAGAAAAUUGUAUAAAGAUGUCUGCCCUCUCUGUUCGCUUCGACGUCCCUCUUCUUCGAUUGCGACUUCCAAAUAAGCAACAUUUGGAAGUUCUGUACAAUCGACUGGUGAACGAUUUGGCUUUGUGGCAACCUGCCGCUCCGUCUCUACGAAUUCCGGCAGAAAAUGUCAAAAUAAAUGCAUUGGACGCUUUCCACGAGUGCACGCCUUCUCAUCGUGAAAGUGGCGUUUUGAUUUAUUCGAAUUUUUUGAAUUUAUUUUUUCAGACGACAGUGAUGGCUCCGAUGUUGAGGAGGAAACAAGCAAAAUUGUCCCUGAAGUUGAAGACUUUGACCGAAAUCGCUCACACAACUUCUGCCUCACCCUGAACGUCAAUAAAUGUGCAAUCCUGUGUGAAACCGUGGUCCGAGAGGUUUCCUGUUCGAGUAAUCUAUUUCUGAAUUUGAGUUUAAGAACUCUCAGCCAAUUGGAAAUGGACAAAUAUCCUUGGAUUUCCAAGAAGCCCAUCUGGGAACAACUGUGGGAUAUCAUGGCGAUCUGAAUCACACUUAUUUCCAUUUCACUUCAAAGAGAACGUCCAUUGGCAGCUCUAGUAAGUUUCAAGAGGUUUUAAAAUAAAUAAGAAUUGUGUCAGAUCAACCCGAUGCAUUCACGAAGAGACUGGAGGCGAAAGACUUCGGAAAGUGGACAAAAGAAGAGACCCAGGCCGAGUUCAUCAAUACGAAUGAUGAACUCAGUUCUGGAUCUUUGGAAGACUCUAUCGGGGUGGCCCUCCAUUUGCACUCUAGACCGGAUAUCAAUGUCAAGGUGCUUAUAAUUCCUCAUUUUCUUCAUCGAAAAAUCCUGCAGGAUGUUCUUCUUUCUGUUGCUCUGAGAAAUACUCUGCUCCACGCUCGUCCUUUUGGGGACGUCGGUCAGUUUUGGGCCUCUCAAAUUGCGGAACUGUUCACUUUGACUGAUUAUGCCAUUCCUGGAUACGAGCUCCCCUUGAUUACGGUUUUUAUAAAAUUUUGCUUGCAUUAAUGUACAAAGAAAAUUCAAGACGGACGUUCAUUUCAAUUUGGAAAACGCGGUUAUCGGAUACAACCACGUUUGGGUGAAGCCGGAGAGCAAAACUAAAUUUCGGGUCGUCCUGGGAGAAUGCAACUUCAGCAGCUCAAUGAUCCAGAACAUGAGUGUCUCCAAGGUGAUAGUUGGAAAUUGAAGCCUCCGAAAUACAAAAAUUUUUCAGACGCUCUGCAUUUUGGAACGAGCGAGCCUUCUUAUGAGCAAUGAUGCUUCAAGGGAUACGGUCCGUUUCGAUGAUUCUAGAGGUCGCAAAGCUUUCAUGAAAGUUCUGGAUAUUGGUCUGGUUCAGCUAGAGGCAAAUGAUGAUCUUACUUAUUUUUUACUCAUUUGGAAAUUUAGGUUCUGGUUGCGAUGGCAAAAGAAGGCGGCGAAAAUACGCCAUUUUUCGAGAUCAAGUGCAAGAACGACAUUGUUCAGGUGUCUAAUUUCUUCAUAUUGUAUGAAAAUAAGAUCAAUUCAGAUGUGGGCCUGCGCUGAUUCUCUUGCCAUGAUCAUCAACGUUGUUUCUGAAAUUACCGAGUCAGACAAGUUCAAACCUACGCCUCCAAAAGAGGAAAAAGAGCCGAUUUCACGGAAACCAAGCCAGUCGAGCGAAGAUGACGUUAAAAGCGAGGUUUGAAGAUUUGUUGUCAGCGAAGAAAAAAUGGGUCAAUGGUUUUAGGCUGGAGAAUCGGUUUGGAGUCAUACGACUUCUCUUCGAAGGGCAAGACUGGACCAAGGAUCUACGCUUCCUCUUCAUGUCGAGAAACACAUGAAGGUUAUUAUUGGAAGAAAAAAUAUAUUAAGAGAUUGAAGGAAAUUUCUUGACAAAAACUGAAGUUCUCCUGAAACGCUUGAUAGCUAAUCAAAAAGUCGAAAGUCUCAUCCAAAUUUUUAGGAAGUUAUCGAAGAGGCAGCUCGAGACAAAGAUCAUCAUCGCCCGAUUGAGGUGGGUAAAGAUGCCGUCGAAGAAUUCAGUCCAAUCUUCAAGCCUCAAGGACAGGUGAGCUACUUUUUGAUCGAAAUUUUGAAUUUCUCUUCAUUUUAGGAUUACGGCGCACCUCACCUUGUUUAUUCUCCCUCGGAACGAAAUUUCUCAUGCUCACAUGAUGAGGAGUUUUGCAUGGUAGAUGAAGAUGUUUUGGGCUCUGGAAUCACGGUCAGAAACAUUUUUUUGAGACGAACAUUAUUUUGAAUCUUCAGAAUGUUGCCGGUGAAGCGAGAGUCCGUCAUGUUGGCCCGAAAGCAGGGCCGGAUGGAUCGGGAAUCGUGAUCAAUUUGAAUCACUUUCCUAUUCCUGAUGAAUGGCGCGCUGAUGGACUCCCACAACUUCCAGAUGGUCAUCCAAAACCCAUCGUUCGGUGAGAAAAUCAUUCUCAACCUAAAAUUUAAAAAAUUUCCAGGUACCUUCUGAAGGACCUCACUGUGAAAGUAAAUCUGUACGGUGGAAGUGACUUGUCACAAUAUCCUCCCAAGCCGAAGUCCUACAGUACCGAUGAAUAUCGAGAAGGCCGUGGGAAGGGCCAAAAUAUCCAUCCUCAAGCCCGUGGCGGGGAAUUCCGUGAUCAUUCGGUCGCCGUUUGUUUGGAGUUUUCAAAGGUUACCUGAAACGAAAAAAUGACCUUACCAUAGUGUUUUUUAAGAUCACUUUCAUGCAUCAAUUCUUCGAAAAGCCGGCUCCAUUCAUGACCACCACGCUUUUCUCGAUACGCGACGUCGUUGUUCGAGAUCGUGUUCACGCCAGUGACAUCAAAGAUAUGCUCUAUCAAGUUUGAAAUUUUUUCGUUUGCUUUAUGGUGCGCCUGAAAAUGACAAACGAAUGAAAAUAUUCAAAAAAAUAUUUCAGUAUUCGACCGCCUCUGAGCCAAGAAGAACAUCUGCUCCUAUGCUUGCAAUAAGAAUAGCUCAGAAUCAGAAAAACGAAGGAAAAAUGAGGGUUCGCGAUAUAAUUUCCUUCCCAACCUUUUUUUUUUAAUACUUUCAGGUUUCCAUGCUGCCAAUCAAGAUCAACAUCGAUCAAGACACACUUGAAUUCGUCACGGACUUCAUUGAAGAGCUUGGCAAACUGGUGAAGCUCCCUAAAGAAGGUAGAUGGACAAUUAGAUGAGAAAUAGCAAGUAGUUCUUUUUCAGCUACGUCUUCAAUGCAAAGCCGUCCGAUGAUCGAGGUCCCAGCGGAGGUCCGAGAGGCGGCUGCCAUCAGCGCCUCCAGAAAAGCUUCAUCUUCUUCUUCUGGACACCUUUAUCCGAAUCUGAGCCGGCCGUCCUUGAGCUUAGAGCCACUGACGCCUUCUCCCGUUGUGCCUCCUACAUCUCUCGGAGAACAAGGUUUUUCAUUGCUAUUUUAUUUCUGUCUUUUGAUUCCAAUUUGAAAUUAGUUUCACUAAUUUAUUUCUACUUCCCGAAGUUCGCACUAAGCUUUUGCUAUCUAUGCGCUUUGAAUUAACUACUAAAAAGAACCUAUUUCUAUUCAAGACCUCACGUACCUGGAAUCCCGUGGGUCGACCCACAACUCGCCUGUCAAACUGCCACUGUAUCCAACGCCUCUAACUGCUUCAGCUGUUUCUAUUGGUAACAUAACUCUUUCUAAAAAUUGUGAACUAAUCAAUCUUUUUAGGAGACAUGUUUGCCUCACGUAAUCCUUCAAGAGCCAAAAAAGCUGCGCCAGACACGAUUUUGUACUCAGGAUCUUCUUCUGAAGUGAAAAAACCUUGAAAUUUUUCAAGAAUCAAAUUUUUUAGUCUUCGAGCCCUGAUUUGAUUCGAACGGAUUUGGAUGAGGACGAACUUGCGGAUGGUCUCGAUGGAGAUUGGGCCGGCAACAAUAUCUGGUAUGUUAAGAAGGUAGUUAAUCAUUAAAAAUAAUUUAAAUAUCCAGUUUCUCGUCAAACACUGUGUUCCCUAAUCCAGUGCGCAUGCCAAAUGUUGACGAUCUUUUGUCGAGGUCUACUAUGUCGGGGUCCAUUCAUCCAAAUCUCGCUGAUAAUUUGAUAGACACCAGCAGCGACAUUGACGAGAAUGAAGAGCAUGGGGUACAACUAGAAAGUCCUGCGAAGAUUCCUGACGUUUUUUUUUCUAGAAUUUCCUUGAUUCUUCCGGAGACGUGGCAGCUGACGACGACGAAGAAGAUCGCAUGACUUGUACUGGAGGUCAGAGAGAAGAAGACGAGGAGGAAGAAAAGCAAGAAAUGGAAGCUCCACAAGACGACUUUCCGACUCGAGAGCACACCUUUUUCAAGUUGGUUGACCGAAACUUUUUAAUUUUUGUGAAACUCUACAAAGCCUGUGAAAUGGUCAGGCUUGGCCUAGGUAAAAAUUGAGAAUAACGAUGUGGAUUUGUUCGCAAAGGCAAAAACGCUCUUAUUCAGGGAAUUCGUCUUCUCUCCUUCAAUUUCCAUCUACGUUGAUUACCAAGGAAAAAGAAAAAUCAGCAUGGAAAAGACUGGUGCGAUUGUUGGUAAGUUUCCAUGCAAUAAACAAUAUUUAAAAAAACAAUCUGCAGCUCUUCUCAUGGCUUUUGGUCAGCUGAACCAAAUGCCAAUUGAACUGAGGGAAUUGGUCAACCGUAACGGCAUGCUGGGCGUUGGCAGAUGCAUCAAUGUAAUUUUCAUUCAUUUUCAUUUUCAAGGUUGAAUGGAAGAUUUCAGUACGCUAUCAAUGAAUGGUCUGCUGAUCUGAUGGCCAACAUGCCGACGGUCAUUGCCAGUUGUGGACCAAUCAGCCCACUUGUUCAAAUUGGUGAGAUUGUCAGAGUGAGAAGUUGAAAAAAAGUUUUUUUCUUCCAGGAAAGGGGAUCGUCGAUCUUUUCUGGAUGCCGAUGGAAGAAAUGAGAAAAGAGGAUGGGCGCGUCGUGAAAGGAAUUCAGAAAGGCGUCGGUUCUUUUGGCGUUUCUUCUGCAGCUGGAAUCGUCGGCAUGGCUCAGACGGUGGCUGGAUUCGUGCAGGUGAACUUUAAGAAAUACGUUUAAAAAAAUGUAAAAUUCACGACCGCAUGAAGAAUGAGUCAAGUUUCAAUGAUUUCUCUAAAAUUUAGUACGGCUGAAUUUUCGGCUAAUGAAGAAAACAAUUGAAAAUUCAACGUAUCUGCAACACUGAGUCAUUUUAUGAGCAACCAUGGGUUUCAAAAAGCAGCAAAUGAAGGAACGUCGGACCCUUUGUUCGACAUUAUUUGGAGCUUCUGGUUUUACUGCUGAUGGUCUGGAGGAUGGUUUUUCUGUAACUUCUUUUAUUUAUUGAUUGAUAGAAAGUUUCAAGCCAAAAAUGUUUUAUCUUUGCAAAAAAUCCGAUGAGAUCUUAUUUAAAUAAUCUAGACAAUCGCGGAGAUGACAAUGCACGAGGUCAAACCUGACGGAGCCUACAUGAACCGCAGAAACAGGCGCGUUGAACGAGCCCAAGCCGUGAACCCCACGGACGUUCGUCACAGUCUCCAACUUGCUUACGGAACUCUUUAUGAGGUUCGGCAAUCUAAUAUAAAUUAUCUGAGGGAUUAAAAUAAUGACUUCUAGGGGUAUCGCCAAACCCGUGAUGAUUUCGAGCUCGCAGCUCAAGAAGAUCGAGCCUCGGGUCAUUCUGUCGUCCGCAGCGCUUUCCGCUAUGCUGUGCCGACGUUCCUUGGUCCUAUCGUCAUGGCAUCUCAAGUCACCUAUCAACUCCUUGGAGGUUUGUUUCCAUGUCAUAUUUUCCAGCAGCUUCAAAAAUCAAUUUUUCAAUUUAAAAAGAUUUUUUUGAGCUUUUGGUCGGGUUUUUAGAGAACUUCAGAUGAAAGAUGAAAUUUGCUGUUGGAAAUGAAAAAAAGCAGCGAUAAAUUCAUAAAAAUGGUGAAGCGAUGAAACUAUAAUUAUCUUGAAGCUUCUGAGGAAAAACCUAUCCCAAACACCUGUAAUUAUACUUUUAAUCUUCUCAUAAUCGGAAGACUCAUUUUUCAAUUCUCAAUAUGUCAUAAUUUUUGUUUGAAGGACUUCGCAAUCAAUUGCGUCCCGAUAUUUACCAAGAUGAACGCCGUAAAUGGGGCGAAGAAGACGUCCGGGAGGCUCUGGAAAAUAAUUUUUCCACUGUUCACUCUUUUCUAACCCAUUUUUGUACAAAAAAAAAUAUCGAUUUGAUCACGUGGCCUUUUUUCCUUUCUAUCCGUUUGUUUAAAAACUGUCCAAAGUGUACAUUUGUACAUACUAUACAUCCAGUGUACAUUGUGUUACAUUUCAAUUGUUGAUUGCCUUGUUUCAUUUUGUAUCGAAAUGCGGAACUUUGUUGAAAGACUUUUUUUUUCUUCGUGAUCCAUCUCACGCCUUGUAUAGUUAUCUCAAAUUUUUGAGAUUUAUUUUGAAAAAUUUAUUAUUGCUUGCUUUGCCUUUUAAAAUUGUGCUUUUCCCGGAUUUACUGAUUUUUGUGUUGAAUUUGAUUUUUUUUUUUCCAUAAAAACAGUUUUUUUGUGAUUUUUGUUGGGUUGAAAAAUUCAGAGGGGUGAUUUGAACGCAUGAUGAAAUGAUUUUUUUAAAAGGCAAAAAAAUUGACGGCUUUUUGCGAAGUUUUUCCAAAAAGAAAAUGAGAUUUUUACAUCUACAUCCAGACUUUCCGUUUUUUUGAUAUAGAUGAUGGACAAUAGUUCAAAAUUGUAUGUAUGAACAUUUUUGAAUAGUUCUUAUUUGAAAAAUCAAACUUUUUGUGGCUAAAAAUCUUUGUUUUUUUGUGAUUCCAGUACUAUGAUUUUUGCUGUGAAUCGAGUAUGAGUAGCAUGCAAAAAAGUGUUCCUCGCUAAUGGAUAUGCGAAGCGUUCCAUUUGAUUUGAUUAACAACGUCUUCCGCACAUUUGAUUUCUAACCACUUAUCGAUUUUGCAUUAUCAGCUUCAAAUUUUUUUUAUCACAUCAAUCAAACCCUUCUUGCGUCGGGCGAUAUUUCAUAAAAACGAUAAGCGAACUUUGAGUUAUUAGCGAUUUUUUACAGGAUAGCUCCUGAAAACGGCUGCAUUCGGAUGUUUUCUUUGGGAAUUUUUGUGUGCUUGUGUAUUUGUAUUGGCUCUUCUGGUAGUCAGGUGAGAAUUUAUAAUCAAAGUCAAGUUUCAGGUUGAGUACUUCCAAUUAACUUCCUUUUUUUUCAAAAUCAAAUGACUGGAUCUGGUUUGCAAGAUCACAGAAAUAGAUUGGCAAAUUUCUUUGAAUAUUUUUCUCAGUUUCAUUCAAGAGGAUUAUCGUUAUUUACAUUACAGUCACCUUCAUAUGUAGCAAUAAAAUUUUUCUAGGAAAGAAAUCCAAUCGUAUCAGGGGUCCGAGUUGAGAAUCCACAUGGCACUAAAGGGUUCAUUGGAUACAAGUGAGUCUAUUUUCGACGUUUCUCCAUUUUUUAAAUGUUAUUUUAGAAUCCCUUCUGGAAUAAUCUUGGUGGAAGCUGGGGCACAAGUCACUGUCUCCAUUUACGGCUACAACCUAGACAAUGUUAUUUUCUUUUUUGAGACUUUGGAACUUGAAAGUCUUCAGGUUGAAUCCGCCAGUUUCACCGAUUCAGUGUGCCUCACUUCGGAGUUCAACAUCUCGAGUAGCGAUUUCUCGAUUCAAAAGAGCACCCGCAUCGUUUUUUCUCACACUUUCUUGGAGUGAGAAUCGGUUCAAACUGGAAAAAAAAGCUGAUUUUCAGAUGGCCAACGCCUUGGAGACUUUGCGUGAGAGAAAAAGGGAAGCGAGAUAGCAUCCAGGUAGAAUAAUUAAAAAAUAGUUUUAUAUGAAUUUUCAGAUUGACGACGAUAGAACGUGGGUCCAAACGAGUUACAAAACUGAGGAGCCUUAUUUUCCCUGGUUUAUUCAGGUUUUUAAUGAGCGGAGAAACGUAUAUGGUCCAAAUUUCAGUAUCCUCUCAUUGUUGUCCUCCUUUUCCUGUCAGCCCUCUGCUCGGGUCUGAAUAUUGGAUUGAUGGCGCUGUCUACAAUGGAGCUGAAUUUAAUUAUGAAUAGUGGUAAGGUUAUUGGAAAUUAUUUGCGAGAAUUUUUUACCACUAGAAACGUGGUAAAUAUGCAUAAAAAAGCUCAAAAUGUCAUUUUUGAACAUUAAUGGUUAAAAAUCGAAGUCGAACAGUGCACAUUUUCAUUUUGAAGGCACCGAUGAGGAAGCAAAAUAUGCAAAAACGAUCUUACCAGCACGCAAAAAUGGAAAUUACUUGAUUACAACUUUGAUUCUUAUCAAUGUGGUGAGUUAUUCUUUAGCAGUUUUCUCCACCUACCAGUUUUUUAGAUGGUCAAUGCCGGAAUUUCGAUUCUUUUCGAAGAUAUUGCUCAUGGCUUAGCAGCAUUCGUCAUUUCUUCUGCCGGAAUCACCGUGUUUGGCGAGAUCGUACCUCAGAGCAUUUGUGUGAAGUUGGCCGUCUUUUGUUUUAGAUUAUGAAAUAAUUUCAGGUAUGGCUUGGCGAUCGGGGCCAGAACCAUGCCUCUUGUCAGAUUUUUCAUGUUCCUGAUGUUCCCUCUUGCUUGGCCACUCAGUAAGGUAUUUCGAUCAAGAGAAAUUCAAAAUUUCAAUUUCAAACUUCUAGAUCCUUGAUUUCAUUCUUGGCGUUGAAGUCGACAAUUUCGAUCGAAACAGACUGGUGGAAAUUUUGAAAAUGAGCGUAGACGAGAAUGAUUUGGUAGCCAUUAUAACUUUCUUUGUAUUUCAAGGAACUUCAGGACAUGGCCAAUUUAACUAGAAUUGCCGUCGGUGCGAUGGAGCUGAGCAAAAAGAAAGCUAUCGACUGCAUGACUAAAAUUGAAGUGAUUCUUGGAUUUAAAACUUUUUACAUAGCAGCUCUAGGACGUUUUCAUGUUGUCGGAAGAUACCUGCAUAAAUGCGGCCGUUCUGGAAGAAAUCGGAGAAAGAGGCUAUUCAAGGAUCCCGCUCUACGCUGGAAAUGACCGGAAUGAUGUUUGAAAUUUUCCAGGAAUAGAAAAAAUAGAUAAAAUUCAGGUGAAAUCGAUUUUGCACAUGAGCGACCUGGCGUUGAUCAACAAGAAGAGCAACAUUCCCGUAAAAGCCGUGGCCAAUUAUAACCAUCGAAAGUUGAGAGUCGUUGACGAACAUAUGCCUCUGACCGCCCUUCUCGAAGAGUUCAAAUUGGUUUUUUUUUGAUUUUGGUUUUUUUUUUCGUUGAUUUAAAACUUCAGGGAGAUUAUCAUCUAGCCAUGGUUGCCAAAUCGAAUUAUUUCUACAAACGAGAAACUACGAUUGAGAAAAAGUCCGACUUUUUCAUGGUAACUUUUGAAAACUAGACAUUUGAAUGGAAUUGUCUUUCUAAGACUUCCAUGAAACUCCUUGAAGCCGCAACGACUUUGCUCAAGCCUGUGGAUGUGAGUGAAGAGGCCGCUUUAACAUUGACUGGAGUGGUAUGUAGGAAAAAUUUGCAGAAUAAGAAAAAAUGUUUACAGGUGACAUUGGAAGACAUUUUAGAAGAAAUUCUCCAAUCUGAGAUCAUUGACGAAACGGAUUCCGUUUUGGACAAUGUACAGAAAAACAGACGAAACAGAGUUUAGACAAAUUCUUUUAUUGAAUUAUUAAAAAGUGAUUUUCAGCCAAAGUUCGGAGACAAAGCCAAUGAUGAAGCCGAAAGCGAGCAAUUGUCGUGGAACGUUUUGAAGGUUUUUUUUCCUUUUAAGAGACCAUUAUAAUUUUUCAGAAAGCUGGGGCUAAGGGAUGAGUAGCCUUAAAAUGUCCUUUUAAAACUCAGUUCCCCUUCAUUAUUUUCAGAUGACUCAAAAAUUCCUAGCCGAAGAAAGCGCUGUUUUCGAUAUAAAAAUCAUCGAAAUGAAAGCUCAAGAAAAGCUCAUUCAAAAAAACAUUCGUGAGGUUAGGACAUUUUAAUAAUUUCUCAAGCUGAUAACUUACAGGUUUCAAUCUCUCCUACCAAGAACAACUUAGUCCCUAGCCCCGUUCAUCUUUAUCAGAUCGGGGUACCUAGUAAUCGUUUCCUACUGAUUCUAGAAGGAAAAGCUACUGCCACGUUUCAAAAAGUUGGUUUCAUCAGAUGAUAAAAAAUAUUAUGGAGAUGAUCAGUCACGCCUGUCUUUUGAAGUCGGUCCCUGGUCAGCCUUUGGCCAACCUUUGCUAAAACUUAUUGAGAAUCACUUGAAGAACGGAACUGGUAGGGCUAAGAAACAAUAUUUAUUUACUUUCCUUUUCAGAACCCGUAGACGGCUAUUUUUUCGUGCCGGAUUUUGACGUCGUUGUUCAUCAAAACUGCCGUUUUUUGCAGGUUUAAAAAUCAUUUUAUUAAUGACGCAAAUUUUUUCAGCUUCCGGCGUCUGCCUUGUUGAAUGCUGUAAGACAAACUAGCUUCAUCAGAAAACUGAGGUUUGUGAAAAUUUUUCGAUCUUUCCGAAGAACCGUUUUAUUCAGGCUUCCCACUGUCGCGGUAACUGGAGUCAAUGGAGAUGAAACUCUUAUCCAAGAGCAUUUCAAAAUAACCGUGAGAAUUUCUGCUCAUUUUUUUUUCUCUGGAAACUUACAACAGCUUGAAGGAAAAAGAAAAAUCAGACAAGCUGAAAUUGUAUAGAAGAAAAACGAGGCGUUUCCAAGCAAACAUAUCUUUUCUCGUUCUUACGAUUGGGUUCUUUUCGCACCUUGACACGUCAGAAUAGUGCAGGAGUUGUUAGGAAAUGUUUAGAUUGGAGCAUAGUUGAUUCAUAUCUAGCUUGAAGGGAAUUUUUCUUUUCUUUUUGCCAUAACGUUUUCCUAGUCUUCUUCAAAAGCGCUUUCUAAUUUUUGAGAGAAUGCAGAUUUAUGCAAAGCAGCAAUGAAGUGAAUAUUAAAUUUUUAAAAUUCAAGUGAUUUCAAUCAAUCAAAUCAAAUCAUUUAUUUUGUUGGUUUAGUCAUAGAUGUAUCGACUAGGCGGUGAACAAGAACUUUGAAAGCUAUAACGAACAACCGCCUUUGGCGAGCUAGAAGUCCAAACGUGUAGUCGAAAGAGUUGAAAGCAUGGUCUUACGGUCCUUCGUCUCGUCCUUCUGCGCGUAGUGUAUCCAGUUGCGCCUUGACGAGCUCAGAAUGUAGCGGAUGUUGUGCUGGAGCCCGGAGACCGUGCUCUAGAUGGAAGCCUCAGAAUGAGAGCUACCACUUCGAGUGAAGAUUUUACACGGAAUGAAGAUUUUACACGGAAUGAAGAUUUUACACGGAAUUUGCAGAAAAAAGUGCAAAAGACUAAUGCCAACGGUGACUGGCCCAUCAGAAAGCGAUCAGCCACGAGCGCAGUCGUUUCUCUCGCGUUACCUGUUCAACAAGUCGCCCAGCGUAUUUCUUCCCUAACUGGCCUCUCUGAUGCCGACGGAAAAAAUCCUGUUGGGAAUUCAGAAUAUUUGAUAACCGACACUAGACUGUAAUUGAAAUAUCCUUAUGGCUCUAAAUCUUUUUUUCUGUUUUUUUCGAUUUUGGGAAGAUUUUUAUUGUUGCUUAAAAAUUUAACGAAUUUUUCGAAUUUUUGAAACUUCUAGAUUUUUUUGAAAAAAACAAAAUAAUUUAUCUCUUCUCAUAAAUUUCAAGGUUCGAAGUUUAUGCUCGUGCAGAGAAGAAUUGUAUAAACUGCUCAAUGGUCUUUGACACUUUGAUUCAUUUAAUAGUCCCUCAUUUCUAAAACUGUGAUAUAUGGGCCUGUUUUUAUUGAUCACGCUCUCGAAAUGAGAUUAAUUGCAAAAAUUAUUUUUUUCCAGUAGCGGUUCCUAAACGCGGUAUUUUGUUCUUAUUACCUUGGCUUUUUCGAAUUGAAUUUUGAAAUCAUAAUGAUUUGUACACAUUUUAUCAUGCAAAAAUUUUUAUCAGCAAAUGUUAUCGUAUCAUGUCAGAAAGAAAACGCGAAGGAAAAAGUUUCUUUAUGUUUUCAGUCGAAGAGAUUUCAUCGACGCCAGUUCUGCAGGAUUUAUCUGACCGUGUCAUCGUUGCGCCGUCGGGCGAGAAGAUCUACGUGUGA